AUGUCGACAAGUGAAGAAAAUUGGAUAGGUGAUAUAAUCGUUGAUUUUAUUCAUUCAUCAAUAUGGUUAUCGCCAAUUCAAACAUUUAUUGAUACAAAUUGUGCUUGCUUUGAUUAUUAUGAUGAUGAUAAUUCAUCGUCAUUAUGUUCAUUUACUGAACAAAAGAAUAUUUAUAAACAAUAUGAAAAUUUAGCUAAUUCAUUAAUAGCUGGUCUUAGUGAAGAUCUUAAAUUAGAUAUAGAUCAAGUGAAAGAUUUCUAUCAAAGAAAUAAUUCAACAACAAUUGAUGAAUCCUAUGAACAAUUGUAUUCAAUAAGUGAUUUUUACUUAUUUACAGAAAUGAUGAAAAGAAAAAAUUUAAUUCUUCAAUUACAAGCAUUGGUUAAUUUACAAUUAGAAUGUGGCAUAUUAAAAUCAACAGAUGCCAAUGAUGAUCGAGUUUUACAAUUAUUAUUAAAAGCCACAUCAUCGGCAUCGUUAUCAUCAAGUAAAAUUUCAGCAGAGAAUGCUUCAAAAGCAUCAUCACAUUUGAAUCAAAACGACAAAAUAGAAAUGACAACUAAUAGAAAUAAACAACUCCAAUCGAAAGAAACUAAAUCAAAUAUGGAACCAAGCACAAUCGCUUCUAUACCGGAAGAAAUUCUUCGUGAAAAAUUAAGAGAAUUAACAAUAAGUACAACAUCAUCAAUUAAUGAUCCAGCUGCAUCGGCAAUAUCAUCAAGAGAACAUUUUCUUAAACAACAACGGGAUCUGAUUAUUAAACAGCAGCAUAAUCAGCGUAUUCAAGAAUUAGAAAAAGAAAGUAGUCAUGUUCGACCGCAAUCAGCUGCUAAUGUUGCACGAAAGGCGAUGGGAACUACAGUUAAACAAGAACAACACAUAUCAAAUGAUGAAUUAGAAAAGCGUCGAGCCAUGGUAGCGAAAAUUCGACGUGAAGUUGUGAAUAAACGAUAA